CCAAUCACUCCUCUCUCACUCUGGCAUGCCUUAUCCUCUACCACCCGGUCUCUCUCGCUCAUUUUCUUAAUCACUCCAUCCCUGCCUGUGCAGCAACCAGACCCCCAUCCCAAAGUGUCAGUGAAGCUGCUGCAAGACCCUGUGACAAUGGCUACCGGAACGUUCCGUAUGGUGUCGGAGGAGGAGCAGGCCAUGAGGUCCAAGCUGGAGCAUCUGACUGUGAAGGACCACGGGCCUGUGUUUGGACCCUGUCCCAAACUGCCUGUACACACAAUACAGAAGGCGAAGGAUGAACUCAAUGAGACGGAGGAAAGGCGAGUGUCAUCUCUGAAGGAGCUUAGGGCCAUGAUGAAAGAAAAGGCGGGAGAUGGGGAUGACCUGGCUAAGACGGUGCAGGAGCGCUUCGGGGACAAACCCGACUCCCUGCUGCUCCGCUUCAUCAGAGCCCGCAAGUUUGACGUUGCCAGAGCCCAUGAGCUCCUGAAGGGUUAUGUGCGCUUUAGGAGGGACUACCCUGAGCUGUUUGAGAACCUAACCCCCGAGGCAGUCCGCAGCACCAUUGAGGCAGGCUACCCUGUGGUCCUUCCCAGCAGGGACAAGUACGGCCGUGUAGUGCUCCUCUUCAACAUCGAAAACUGGGAUCUGGAGGAGGUCACCUUCGAUGAGACCCUGCGAGCAUACUGUGUGAUCCUGGAGAAGUUGUUGGAGAAUGAGGAGACCCAGAUCAAUGGUUUUGUGCUGAUUGAGAACUUUAAGGGUUUCACCAUGCAGCAUGCCUCUGGCAUCAAACCCACUGAGCUCAAGAAGAUGGUGGACAUGAUGCAGGACUCGUUCCCGGCCCGUUUCAAGGCAAUCCAUGUGACCCACCAGCCCUGGUACUUCACCACCACUUACAACGUGGUCAAACCAUUCAUGAAGAGCAAGCUGCUGGAGAGGGUCUUUGUUCACGGUGAUGAGUUGGAUGGCUACCUGAAUGAUUUUGACGCUGACAUCCUGCCUGCAGACUUCGACGGGAAAGCCCCCCUCACUGACUGCAAGGCCAUCGCUACCAAACUGUUUGGGUCCGAGGACACAGCGCUCUAACACCUUACUGUCACAUUAUGAAGCAAGGCUGGAUCAGUGAGGCAGAAUAGGUGGGGGUGAAAUGUUGCCUACAAGGGUAUUCAGUUCGAUCAGCUCUUCAAGUGGGCAUCAAGAUGAGUGUGUUGGGUUUAGGGGGCUAGUGGUUGAUUUGCGACUGGGCAAUAGGAACACAAGCAAGAAAGAGUAGGAAUGUUGAAUAGAGGACAUGGACAGUAAAACAAUAUGAAUUGUUUUUUACAGCACAGAAAAGUGUAGCUCCUCCAUAUACAGAAGUUAACUUUUGAAUAUGCACAGGAAACAAGACGGUCCCUACUGUAUGUAAGAGCACAGAGAAUGGCAUUUGGUGAUGAGAUGACCCAACAGCUUAUUACUGUAGUCUGAGGUGAAUUUGGUGUUCUUUGCCUUAAAGGUUACUUUCACUGUGACUUUACUAGAGGAGCCUAUUGCCUAGCCUGAGACUGCUAAAAAAACAUAUGGGAUAUAUAUAGAAUUUAGUAAUACAAGAAUGAUAAAAUAAUAUAUUUCAGUUAAGCUAGUUGGCUAUUAAGAAUAUGAUAGAUGGUCUGUGAACAAAUCAUAUAAAAAUAUGUACAUUCCUUAACAUAGUGCCAUAGUGCUUAACUCCUCUGUUCACAUUACAUUUUGUGUAUUCUGAAGUGUCUAUAUACUAUGGGAACUCCUAUGGUGUGCUUAGCUAGGAUUGCAGAGAGAGUAUAGUAGACGGUUGAUGUCAAAAAGUGAUUGAUUUUCCUGUGUCAGGGUGUUUGACCUUUUAAGGACAUCCUGUCCGGAUGUUCUCAUAUUGUUUAGUGUGUGCUUAUGUAACUUGAUACUGCAGCUGUUUCUUUGAAGUAAAGCACGUUUGAAAUAAAAAGUAAUGGGCUGGUGA